AUGUCUUACUUCACAGCUAAUACCCUAUUCCCUACAUCAGUCGCCCCAAUACCCAACGGCUUCGCAGCACAAAUGCACGACAAGUCGAAACAGAAAAAUAUUUUUCUUGACGUCAGCCCUAUGCGUACACCUUAUCUGAAACCCUCUUCGACGAACGUAAUUGAUCCUAUGAAGAAUAACUUCAUGACUCACACCAUCUCAAAGGACGUCAUCUACGAAAACAUCAAGCCAGUGUUUAUCUUACUUCGUAUACUGGGCGUUUUGCCUUUGUCGAAGCCAUCAGCAGCAUUAAACCAGUUCAAUUUAUUAUCUGCCGCCAUGCUUUAUUCCGUCAUUGUCUUCAGCUCAUUAAUUGGCUACGUCAUAUACCUGUCCCUCUACAAAGUUCAAAUCUUGCGCACUACUGAUGGAAAAUUCGAGGAAGCUGUGAUCGAGUAUCUUUUCACUGUGUAUUUGUUUCCAAUGAUAGCGAUUCCCAUAAUGUGGUUCGAGACGAACAAAAUAGCUGGCGUGCUUAACAGCUGGAUCGAUUUCGAGAUUGCUUACAAGCAGCUGACUGGUCGUAUGCUCAUAAUAAGGCUGUACAGAAAAGCGCUUAUAAUUGCGGUCGUUAUCCCGGUUUUAUCAACUACUUCGGUCAUAAUAACCCACGUGACCAUGGUUCAUUUCCAACUCAUGCAGAUCAUCCCUUACGUUUUCUUAGAAAUACUGACGUACAUUUUAGGAGGUUAUUGGUAUUUGCUCUGCGAAACAUUGAGUGUUUGCGCCAAUAUUGUGGCUGAGGAUUUCCAAAUAGCACUUCGUAAUAUUGGACCUGCUGGAAAAGUAGCCGAUUACCGUGCAUUGUGGCUGCGAUUAAGCAAACUAGCUCGAGACACCGGAAUUGCGAAUUGCUACACGUUUACAUUCGUCAAUCUCUACUUAUUCCUGAUCAUCACUCUUUCUAUCUACGGCCUACUCAGUCAGAUCUCCGAAGGUUUUGGCACCAAAGAUAUUGGAUUAGCGAUGACAGCAUUUUGCAGCAUUUUCCUCUUAUUUUUCAUAUGUGACGAAGCUCAUUACGCUUCUCAUAAUGUGAGAACGAACUUUCAGAAGAAAUUGUUGAUGGUAGAGCUGACGUGGAUGAACGCUGAUGCGCAAACAGAAGUGAACAUGUUCCUUCGAGCAACUGAAAUGAACCCUUCUCAGAUCAGCCUGGGUGGUUUCUUUAACGUCAAUCGCAACCUCUUCAAAUCCCUACUAGCGACAAUGGUGACCUAUCUAGUGGUACUACUCCAAUUCCAGAUCAGCAUCCCAGAAGAGGGUCGAGAACAAUCGGAUGAGACCUUCUCUAAUGCAACGGAACCAGUCACAGAGACGACAACCACUUUUACCACUCUCACCUCUAUGCUAACCACAAUUGUGAAGAAGAAAAAGAAACAUUAA